GACGGAUACGAUACACCUGGUAAGCGGAAGAGAAAAAACCCCAGUGACGACGAUUAUUUCGAAGCCGACGAGAGCGACGAUGGCGAGAUAAAGAUCAUGACUGCCAGCGGUAAAAUUAUAUCUCUUCAAGUCAAAGGCUUAGACACCAUUAACAACAUUAAACUCAAGAUUGAGGCUGAGGAAGGUAUUCCGUGCCGCAAACAGGAACUCAUAUUCAAUGAAAAGCUUCUUCAGGACAAGGAUAUCCUUGGGAACUUAUGCAUCAACAAGGAAUCUACCCUCAAACUUGUGCGCAACUCAAAGAAAUUCAUGUAUAUAUAUGUUCAGACCCCUGGGCUCUACCGAGUGACUUCAACUCUUCAAGUCAAACCCUCAGACACCAUCGGCAACGUGAAAGCCAAGAUGCUUGGUCAUCAUAUUGGGGAUGUGCUCAUGUUCAACGAAAUUGUCCUCGACGACGAUAAUGACACGCUUGCUGACUUAAACAUUAUCAGUGGAUCCACCCUCACAAGCAUUGUUAAAUCUGUGACAUCCAUGGAGAUAUUUGUGAAAUCUUGCACCGGAAAGACCAUCUCGUUGUUAGUGAACCGCACAGACACCAUCAAAGAGGUGAAAUCGCAGAUCAAGUAUGAGGAAGAGGUUCCUGUUGACGAGCAGGUGUUGAUCUUCAACGAAAUGGUUCUUGCCGACAGCGGGACCCUUUCCGAAUUCCACAUCAAUAGGAAAUCGACCAUCACUCUCGUGAGGAAGUCAAAGGGAUUUACAGAAUCCAUGCAGAUAUUCAUCAAGAUGCUCACCGGAGGGACCAUUGCUCUGAAAGUCAAACCCUCAGACACCAUCCACAACAUAAAAGCCAAGAUCCAGGAUGUGGUAGAUAUUCCUCCCGACGAGCAGGAGUUGAUCUUCAACGAAAUGUACCUCCACGACAUUGAUACCCUUGCUAGCUAUAACAUCAGCAGCAAAUCCACACUCACAUUUACUCGUACAUCAGGGGGAUUAAUGCGUAUAUUCAUUCAGACCUCCUUGGGACGUAUCAUUACUCUGAAAGUCAAAUCCUCUGACACAGUCCAGAAUGUGAAAUUCAAGAUCCAAGAUAUGGAAGGUAGUCCCCCCUGCCAGCAAAGACUGAUAUUUAACGCAAAGCAGUUGGAUAAUAGCCGUACCCUUGCUGACUAUGACGUCCAUAAGGACUCAACCAUCGAUCUUGUUUUGAGACUUCCACAUCCGAAGCAAUGCUCCAUCUUAUCUUCUGAGUAAGUUGGGGCCUGGGGGUUGGGGGGUAUUAUGAAGGUGUUAGAUUGGAGCAACUUAUCUUAUGAACCAUUUAUAUAUUGUAGUAAAGCAUGAUGUGUCUCUUUUUGAUGUA